AUGAGUUUCGUCCACAAAAAGUGCAGAAACGUUGAGGUUCCAUAUCUUGGUAGCCAAAUUCACAGAGUCAAUGUUCCCGAUGACUUGGUUAAGUGGAGUCGGGAAUGGGUCGAAUACACCCCGCCAGUGUACACAGACCAAAAAGUUCAUGGACAGGCUUGGUCUGAUCCAGAAAUCAAUGACGCACGUUUCAAACCGGCUUGGAAUUCUAUUGAUGGAAAAAUCAAUAGAGUGUCCUAUGUUUGCCAGUAUUCUUUCGACACAAAAACAUUGUGCCCUCUGAAUCCAGUUGGUCGUACUGGUAUAGCUGGCCGAGGAUUGCUUGGACGCUGGGGACCAAAUCAUGCUGCAGAUCCAAUCGUGUCCAGAAUCAGUGACGAUGAUCAUUUAGAAUUCGUAGCAAUUCAACGAAGAGAUAAUGGGGAGUGGGCUAUUCCAGGAGGAAUGGUAGAUGCUGGCGAACAUGUUUCUCAAACACUACAACGUGAAUUCGCUGAAGAAGCUAUGCAUGGAGUUGUCGACAAAGAAAGCCUAAAAGAGCUCUGGAGUAAUGGAAAAGAGUUAUACAGAGGAUACGUUGACGAUCCACGAAACACUGAUAAUUCUUGGAUGGAAACAGUCGUUUUCAACUUUCAUGAUUCAGAAGGACUUUUGAAAAACGUGGCUCUUCAAGCCGGAGACGACGCUAAGGCGCUUCGUUGGAUUCAAGUCGAUUCAAAAGAACCACUCUACGCAUCACAUUCGCAUUUCAUUGAUCUCUUAAAAGCUUCACACUCCACCUGA